AUGACGUCGCGCCAUGAAACGCGAGCUGAGAAACAAGCAUUCCUGGAGCAACUUAGUCGAGCGCACGAUGGCGACCGCUUGCGGAUUUUGAAGGAGCACCAGCAGUAUCUGAACGGCCAGCGCCCGACGGACGCUGACUUCUCGUCUGCGCGCAAACAGACUUCACAGCAGGGCAGACAACCACGCGCUUGGGUCCCACCAACUGGAAAAGACGCAUCGUAUAUGCGUGCCAACAAGCACUCUGCAUUGAUGACCCGUCGUGCACUAGCCGCAAAGACAGUGGCUGGGUCUGACAAGAAGCGACUUGGCCCGAGGAAUAAACUAGUGGAUGAGCCGUCGGACGAAGAUGAAGACUACGAAGACGACGAAGAAGGAGACGAUGAUGAAUGCGAAGACGAGGGCUACGGCAGCGCUGGCUUCUAUGCUGAGUCACAAAAAGGGUCCGAGGCCGAAAUGAUGCUACACGAGGCAAAGACUUCGAAAGCUUCGCGAAAGAAAUCCACAGUCGCAACGAAGGAGGCAAGUAAGGCCACAGCAGCUGCGAAGAAACCGAGGAAGAAGAGCGCACGUACGCUAGCAAAAGAAGUAAGAGAAGCCGCAGUUGCUGCUGCAAAGGCGGCCAAGGUGAAAGCGGCGCAAGACAAAGCCACAGAGCAGCAACGUGCUGGGAAGGAAGCAAAGUCUGCAGCUCGUAAGCGCUUGGAAGGGAAGAACAAGAGGCGGAAGACAGCAACGGCAAUGGGAUCGAACUCACCAAAACGCUGGGGAUCACCACACAUAGCAACGAAUGACAGUGAGGAAAGCUCGGAUAGCCGCCGAGCUGAGCGUGCUGUCACACCAGCUACUUCGGGAGCGAACUCCGACCUGGCUACACCUGCAAGUCUUUUACUACGUACCACCACCCACGGCGAGACUAGCAGACCACAGCCAACGGCAAGAAUAGCAGACCCGCUACCACGGAGUGCGCCGUCUACAGCGCAUGAUGGCCCUCCAUUGCCUCAACCUGCUGAAUCAUCAGAAUUCCGAUUGUGA